AUGAGAUCACAUGGACUUACACAUAUGGAGCUGGAAGAGAUCGAGUGCCACCUUCGUACUGGUAGAGAUAUGGCGUACUGUCCUUACUCAAAGUUUGAAGUUGGAUGUGUUAUCUACAUUAGAGGUUCAGAAGAAAAGAUAGAGCUUGAAGGCUUCGAUAACGAGGAUUACGAUAGUUACUAUGAAGGUAGAUUCUACGUGGGUGGAAAUAUCGAGAAUGGAAGCUAUGGUGCUACAAUGUGUGCCGAGAGAGUGACUAUCUUUAAGACUUUGGCAGCUGUCGAACGAGAAUAUGCCGACUCUGAUAAUUGGACAGCAAUUGCUAUUGUUGGCGAUAUAAACGGUCCCGACAAGAUUAUCACCCCUUGUGGGAUGUGCAGACAAGUGUUGAAUGAGUUUAUUAGGGACAGAAUAAAGUUUCCCAUCCUCAUGUAUUCGCCAGAUUUCAGUGAAAUGAAAAUUGCAAACAUGAACGAGUUAAUGCCAAGUCCCUUCGAGCUUUAA